AUGUAAUUUUGGUUUAAAAAUAAUAAUUUUGUAGAAUGAUAUCUUAUUUUAUUUUUUUAAAAGAAUAAUACUGACCAAAGGAGAUAGUAGAUAUUAUUUGAUUUCAAAUAAAUGUUAAAUGAAAAUUAUAAAGAAUAAAUUUUGAGUGAUGAUGAAAAAUUCGUUUUUGGUUUUUAAAAUUAUAUAAGAAUAUGAAUGUUUUAAUAAUAUGAAUAGGUGUAUGGAGAUGAAAUGAAGAGAAUGAGAAUGUUUGUAUAAUUGGAAUGUUAGAAAGUGAUGGUUUUGAUUGGAUUAAUUAAAGGUUGAU